AUGUCUUUUUUUGAAAUGAUCUUGCAUUCCGUGCUGUGUGGGGAUUACACUCCGCAACGUCCUCUCAAUAGAGAGGAUCGACCCGACCUAGAACUUCCUGCCUCUCAAUUUGAGGACAUCGUCAACCUUCUCCGCAACAGGGGCCACUUCACCCACGAGGCAUGGGGAAGAUGCCUGGCAACACUGGAGACAGUGGAGGAGGGAGACGCCGAGCCAGGUAUCUUCCCCGUCCUCGAUGCGAUGGAGGACGCGUUCCAAGAGGUCGUUACUGAUCUCAAAGAGAUAUCGAGGCUCAGUGACGAGGCCAAGGAGGAUGUCAGCAUCCUCAUUCGACCUGAGUCAGAUGUGCGAGUUGUCCGUACGUUUCGCAACGAUCUGAUCAAGGCGGACGAGACCCUGCUCGGAAGAGCAAAAGACGACAAGGGUGAGCCCAUCGAGAGGUUCGUGGGGGUUGGGAAACUCUGCGGAGAGGUGCUCCCCCAGUUGGAAGCCUUUCUCAAGGUGCAAAACAACACGGAGGUUGUGCUCAUGAUGAUUUUGGAGAUCGUCAAGGCUCAACGUCUGGUUGAGGAACACGGAGAGGGGAAGUGGCUUCAGCCACUCAAGACAAUACUCGGGGAGGCUCUGUAUGAGCAGAUCUUGGAAGCUGGAGCUGCUUGA